AAAAAUUUCAUUCCAUAAUUUGAUCUAUGGUGGUUGUUAAUGCAAAAAAAACUUCGAAAAUUUUUUUCCUGAAUUGCAUUUCAAUGUUGAAAUAAUAACCAGAAAAACAACAAAACAACAACAAAUGACUUCCGAAACGGUUAAAGUUAUUACAAGAUGUCGUCCAUUAAAUCAACGUGAAAAAGAAUUAAAAAGUCAGGUGAUUGUCAACAUCGAUUCAUCGUGUGGCCAAUGUUUAUUGAUCAAUCCGGAUGAUCGAUCGGCGCCACCAAAAACAUUUACAUUCGAUGGUGCUUAUUACAUUGAUUCAACUACUGAACAAAUUUAUAAUGAAAUUGUUUUUCCAAUUGUUGAGAGCGUUACUGAAGGCUAUAAUGGUACAGUAUUUGCAUAUGGCCAAACUGGUUGUGGUAAAUCAUUUACAAUGCAAGGUACUUCCGAUUCUGCUCAUCGUGGUAUUAUACCUAGAUCAUUCGAACAUAUAUUUGAAGCAAUAUCAACAGCUGAAAAUUCAAAAUUUCUUGUUCAAGCUUCUUAUUUAGAAAUUUAUAAUGAAGAAAUACGUGAUCUAUUAGGAACGGAUAUUAAAAAGAAAUUAGAAUUGAAAGAACAUCCUGAAACAGGUGUUUAUGUUGGUAAUCUUUCAAUGCAUAUUGUAAAUGAUGUACGUUCAUGUGAAAUGAUUAUGGAAAAUGGUUGGAAAAAUCGUUCAGUUGGUGCUACAUUAAUGAAUGCUGAUUCUAGUCGUAGUCAUUCAAUAUUUACUAUUUAUAUUGAACGUAUGCAAACAAUUGAUUUAGAAUCAAGUGACGUAAAGUUUGGUAAAUUAAAUUUAGUCGAUUUAGCCGGUAGUGAAAGACAAUCAAAAACAGGUGCUGCCGGUGAUCGUUUAAAAGAAGCAACAAAAAUUAAUUUAUCAUUAUCAGCAUUGGGUAAUGUUAUAUCGGCAUUAGUUGAUGGAAAAUCUAAACAUAUACCAUUUAGAGAUUCAAAAUUAACAAGAUUAUUACAAGAUAGUCUUGGUGGUAAUACAAAAACAUUAAUGAUUGCUUGUAUAUCACCAGCUGAUAAUAAUUAUGAUGAAACAUUAAGUACAUUACGUUAUGCAAAUCGUGCAAAAAAUAUACAAAAUAAACCAAGAAUUAAUGAAGAUCCAAAAGAUGCUAAAUUACGUGAAUAUCAAGAAGAAAUUCUGUGGUUGAAAAAAAUGCUUGAACAACAAUCAUCAACCAUGCCUACUGGAAUGACAGGUCAAAAUGGUCAAAAUGAUCUGGCAAUCGAAGAAAUACGCCAAGCAUAUGAUAAUAAAAUGAAUGAUCUAUUGAAUAAAUAUCAAGAAGAAUUAAAAAAUAAAGAAAAACUUAAACAAGAUAUUGAUAAAUUAAAAUCUAGAUAUGAAAAUAUGGAUAAAUCAUCAACGAAUAAUAAUGACCUAAAUGAUGAACAAAAUGAAUCAGUUUUAUUGGCAUUGAAAAAAUUAUCAUCCAUUGAAAAUCAAAUGAUUGGUGGUGAAAAAGCAAACGAUGCAGAAUUGAAAGAAAAACGUGCACGAAAGAAAAAAAUUGCCGAAGCUAAAAUGAAUGCCAUAUCGGAAGCAUUAGCUCAUUUAAAUGAUGAUGAUAAAGUAUUGCUCAAAGCUUAUGGUGAUAUAACGGAAGAAUUACGUGCAAAAUCAAUGUUAAUGAAAAAAGCUAAACGUCGUAUACAACAAUUAGAACAAGAAGUUGAUGAUUUACAAUCAGAAUUUGAAUCAGAACGAACAGAUUAUUUGGAAACAAUUCGUCGUUUACAAGAACAAAUGAAAUUAUUAUCGCAAAUAUUGGAAAAAGUACAACCAUUAUUGAAAAAUGAAUGUAAUUAUUCAAAUUUAACAAGAAUUAAAGAAGAUGCAAUAUGGGAUGAAAAUCAACAACAAUGGAUAUUACCAAAUGUAUCAUUUGGUCGUAUACGUUUACCACCUGCAUCACAACAACAACAACAACAAUCAACAACAUCUUUAAAUAAUAAACAACCAAGUCCAGAUCGUCGCCGUGAAAUAACACCAUCACGUUUAUAUCGUCCUGAUUCACCGAAUAUAAUAUUCGAUUCGGAUAUUAUUGAAUUAUCAUCAAAUAAUCAAAAUAAUAAUAAUAAUCAAGAUUUAAAUGGUGGUGGCUAUAAUAAUGAAGAUAAAUUAUUAAGAAAAUUAGAAAAUUCACAAAGUGAUGAUAUUGUAACAAAUUAUUUAAUGCCUAAACGAAGACAACAGCUAUUAAAUACAUUACAUAAAUUAAAAUUAAGUGCACCCGAUAAUAUGGACGAACAACAACAACAACAACAACAACAAGAUAACAGUGAAUUAAUAAUAACAACAAUGGCCAUCAACAAUAACAACAACAACAAUAUGAAUAAUAUGAAUGGUAAUGGUUUAGAUACAAAUUAUCUAACAUCAGUAUCAAAUAGAAUUAAUGAAAGAUUUCAAACAAGAAUGACAAUGUUAUCCAAUAAUAAUAAUCAAUUGAAUACAAAUUCAAAUCAAGGAAUCCUAUUGAAUCAUCAUUAUCCAAAUCAUAAUUAUUAUUCAUCAUUAUCAUUAUCAGUAGAAGAUAAUUAA